CUGUGGGUUCUCACUUCGAGAUAUUGCAUUUUCAUUUAGCUUAGAAAGAAGAUAUAUAGACCUAUCAGUCGCACUUUUUUCACUAGAUAAACUUGACUGCAAUGAAGCCUUUCCACAGCGUUUGUUUAGGAAUCUUUCUUGCCUUUGCAAUCAAAAUAUGUAGAAAGAGUUUCAAUCUGGACAUUGGAUUAAAACGGACGAUGCCGAUAACUUGGACGUUCAAAUUUUUCAAAUGAUUAUACUUGAAGACAUUAAAAAAUGCAUUGAAUCGUGUAAAACCAGGAAAAAAUGCAAUUUCUUCAACUUCGAGAAUCGCGCAAAACUUUGCUACCUCAUUGAGGGAAACAGCACCAUUUUGCCCGAGAAGAAACCCGGAUUUAGCUUCGGAAAUAAGACAGAAUGGGAUUUGACAGGAUAUGAAGCGUGUGGUAACUGCAGUGAUUACAACGUUUGCAAGAAGGGUGGUGACGGCAAAUACUCUAGAUGUCUUAACUCUGGAUGUGGACCGCCGGAAAAGAAGAGUAAUGCGAUUGUCCUGGGGAACAUGUUCUCAAUCGGUGAUAAGAUCCAAUACGAAUGCAAGAAAUUCUACAAACCAAAGAAUGACGUUCCAUUGACAUCAACGUGCCGUGAAAAUGGAACAUGGACUCCAGUAGAUGAGUGCGUGCUUGCAGAAUGUGGACCACCGGAAAAGAAGGAGAAUGCGAUUGUCCUGGGGAACAUGUUCUUAAUCGGGAAUCAGAUCCGAUACGAAUGCAAAAAAUUUUACAAAUCAAACAAGGUGACAUCAACUUGCCGUGAAGAUGGGACAUGGACUCAAGUAGACAUUGUGUGCGUGCUUGAAGAUGACGUUUACAAGGUCCCCGAGGGGAGAUUCUACAAAAUCAUCCUUGGAAAACAAAAUUGGAAUGAUGCUAAUAAAAUAUGUUCAAGUAUUGGCGGAUAUUUGAUUGACAUUACAUCUCAAGGAGAACAGACUUUUAUAGAAAAGAAAUUGGGGGAUCGGACCUGUUACUGGACAGGUGGUAAAAACAUGCAUGGAACAUACAAAUGGCUGGAUGGAAGAGAAGUUAACUACACGAACUGGUACCCUAUGGAACCUAGAGACCGCGACAAAGAAUAUUGUUUGGCUAUCGAAGGUGAAAUAGGAUUCAAUUACAAGUGGGAUGACAAACCUUGUGACAGUAAAUGUUGUCCUAUAUGUGAACUGAAUUAAAAGAAGAUUCUGAUUCGUCAGGGAGAAAGGUCAUAGUGAUAUACAUAUAGGUGUUUGAAGUAAAUUUGUCUUUGGAUUGAAAACAAGAUGUUCCAUUUUCCUUGACAGGUGUAGUAACGAUAGAUUUUCUGUGCAUAGCAAUAGAUAAUACUCGAUUGCUUUAUACGCUUUAUAAUUUAAACUUCUUUCUUUCAUUGUGUAACACACGGUGGCAUAAUGGUGAAUAUUAAAAAAUCACGAAACCAAAGUAAGUUGCUCGGGUAUUUUUUGGUCUUUUGAAAAAAGUCAUGAAACGAUCAAGUGGACCGUGUCAUUUUUUCAACAACACCACCACCAACAACAACAUCAUCAUCAUCAUCAACAACAACAACAACAACAACAAAAAUACACGAAGAAAUUUCUUUGGUUUCGCGAUUUCGCUUUAUGCACAAACUUUGUCACAUUUUUUUCCACUGUAGUCACAGAUGUAUCGUUUAGAACUUUUUGGUAAUAAAUAUAUAAUACAAUUAUAGAAGCCGUGUUACUGGUCUUGAACAGAAAAAGAAUUAAAAAAACGAAAGAAAGAAACCUCAAAAGAAAUACAUGUCAAAUUUCAAUUUGUGCAAGCAUCUUCCGCUACAUUGUACAUUGUAUAUAAAAAUAAA